AUGAAUAUAAUAUUUUGUUCCAGCCUUUUGGUAUCCUUCUUAGCCAAUAUCGUGUGGACUCACACUAUCAGAACAAUGGAGGAUGAAUCUGAUCCAUACAACUGGUUGUUUUAUACCUUUGAGUGUCCACAAGAAUGUGUCUGUCCUCCAAACUUCCCAAAUGCUUUAUACUGUGAUAGCAAGGCAAUUAAAGAAAUACCUGCCAUCCCACCGGGUAUCUGGUACCUCUAUCUCCAAAACAAUCUCAUUGAAACAAUUACAGAGAAGUCUUUUGCGAAUGCCACCCAACUAAAAUGGAUAAAUCUGAACAAUAACAAAAUCACUACCAAUGGAAUUGAAAAAGGUGCAUUUAACAAUUUAAAAAGUUUACUCUACUUGUACCUGGAAGACAACUAUUUAGAAGAAGUGCCAGAUCCCCUGCCAAGAAGUCUUGAACAAUUGCGUUUAGCAAGAAACAAAAUCGGGAUAAUCCCUCAAGGUGUCUUCAAUAAUUUGGAAAACCUAACUAUGUUAGACUUACAUCAAAACAAACUGUUGGACAACACUCUGUCAAACAACACCUUCCAAGGACUGAGCAGUCUCAUGCAACUUAAUGUUGCUCAAAAUUCCCUUACAAAAAUGCCACCAAUUCUUCCUGCUAAUGUGAACCAGCUUUUUCUGGACAGUAAUUCUAUUGAAACAAUACCAGACAAUUAUUUUGAUGCAAUGCUCAGAUUAGUUUCCCUACGGCUGAACCACAAUAAAUUAACUGAUGGAGGCAUACCAAGCAAAGUCUUUAAUAUUUCAUCCCUUCUUGAUCUUCAGCUAUCGUACAAUGAACUCACCAUAAUCCCAGAUAUCAGUAUCCAUCUUGAGCAUCUUCAUCUUGAUAACAACAGAAUCAAUAGUGCUGAGAAAAUGCCUCAUUCACAUAUGAGAGUGUUUGAACAACUUCAUCUUGUUUCUGCCUUUCCUAGAUCAGAAGUCCCUGUGGUUGGUCACUCAAGCCCUAGUCAUCUCACGUUUGGACUACAGCAAUAUGCUCUAUGUGGAGCUACCCUUGAAGAAUAUUUGGAAGCUACAGCUGGGUCACAGUGCAGUGGUAUAGGAGGUUCUUAG